AGGGGAGGGUGAGAGGGACGGCGAGAGGCGGAACAAACCGGUGUGUGUCCGGAUACACGCUGAAACGGCUCGCCCGCACUGCAGAUUAACUCUUCAGACGCCGGGGAUGCUCAGCGUAAUAGCACAAGUCACAGCAUCCGCGUCCUUUGUUUUUUUUGGGGGGAUCUGUUGGUCGUUGUGAGGAGAUAUUUCCUGAUGUUGAUGAUUUUAUCAUAGGAUACAGGCUCUGUGUGUUCCUCGGUAUAAUCGAGUAAUCUGACUGCAGCCGCUGUGUGUCAUCCUAGCCAGAUGAUCCAGUGAUGGACAGCUCCUCGACCGAGCGUUUUUGCAGAAGUGGAAUAGAUAUGAUGAGAAAUUCAUCCCAGCUGUCAGUAGAAGCAACAGAUCAACUCUGAUUUUUCCUCUCUUCAAUCUACCUCUGACGAGAUCAGCCAUUAAUAACCCAUUAACUCAGGCUGACCACAAAGCUUCCUUUGUGACACUUAUUAUAUUGUUGCAGGGAAAAGCCAAUCCAGUGGCUGACGGGUUGGGAGGAGGAGGAGCUUCAGGUCCCAUCAGGAGUGUUGUGAGGUUAGUGGUGAGCGGGUUGCUGGUGCCGAAUGCAGAACAUCCUCGAGCAGAACUUGGACAUGGCCACGGCUCUGCUUGCGGGUGAGAAGUUGAAGGAGUUGAUCUUGCCGGGUUCCACACAGGAUGAGAAGAGCGGUGUACUGGCGGGUCUCAUGGUGCAACUCAAACUAGAGUUGCCCUUUGACCGGGUCGUCACCAUAGGAACUGUCAUCAUCCCUAUACUGCUGGUCACAUUAGUUUUCACACGGAACUUUGCAGAGGAAUCUAUAUAUUGCUACACCCCACACAACUUCACACGCGACCAGGCCCUGUAUGCCAGAGGCUACUGCUGGACAGAGCUGCGGGAUGCAGUGCCUGGAGUCGACCCCCAGCUUCGGCCCUCCUUGUUUGAGCACAAGUUUCUGCCCUACGCUCUGCUGGCCUUCGCAGGCAUCAUGUACAUACCUGCCCUGGCAUGGGAGUUCCUGGCCUCCACUCGACUCACCUCUGAGCUCAACUUCUUGCUUCAAGAGAUUGACAACUGCUACCACAGGGCGGCCGAAGGCAGAGCACCCAAGAUUGAGAAGCAGAUCCAGUCCAAGGGGCCGGGGAUUACAGAACGUGAGCGGAGGGAGAUCAUCGAGAACGCAGAGAAGGAGAAGAGCCCCGAGCAGAACCUGUUUGAGAAGUAUCUUGAGCGCCGUGGGCAGAGUAACUUUCUGGCUAAGCUGUAUUUGGGGCGACAUUUAGCCAUCAUCUGCCUCAGCUCAAUACCCAUAACGUACCUGAGCACCUACUAUGCCCGUCAGAGGCAGAACGAGUUCACUUGCGCGCUUGGCGAGCCGCCGGACACUAGCAGCAUCCCUGAACUCCGGCUGAAUGUUAACUGCAAGCUCCCAGCUGUGCAGCUCCAGCGCAUUAUGGCCGCAGUGGACAUCGCUUUGCUGUGUACUAUGAACCUCAUUAUCCUUGUGAACUUGCUGCAUUUGUUUGUAGUCCGGAAGUCAAAUUUCGUCUUCGACAAGCUGCACAAAGUUGGUAUCAAAACUCGCCGGCGCUGGCAGAAGUCACAAUUUUGUGACAUUAACAUUCUGGCCAUGUUCUGUAAUGAGAACAGAGACCACAUUAAGUCUCUCAACAGACUGGACUUUAUCACCAACGAGAGUGACCUCAUGUAUGAUAACGUGGUGCGGCAGCUGCUGGCAGCAUUGGCUCAAUCCAACCACGAUGCCACUCCGACUGUGAGAGACUCUGGGAACCAGACUAUUGACCCCAGUUUGGACCCCUCAAUGCUGGGUGUGGGAGAAUUGGGAGGAGAGCCCUCAGUAAUCAAGAGACCCCGCAAGAAGAUGAAGUGGAUCCCCUCAUCUAACCCUCUGCCACAACCUUUUAAGGAACCCUUGAAUCUAACCAGACUGGAAAACAGUAUAAAGGCAGACAAACCUAAACCAGUCCGAAGGAAGAAUGUACCAGAUAGCAUUAUUGCUCCACUUCUGGACAGCAAGAGCACACAACAUCCUCCUACUAACAAAGCUGCAGAAACAAAUAAUAUAGAGAAGAAACACACUCUUAACCUCUCGCUGGAUGUUCAUCCUUACAUGCUAACCAUCCAGAAAGCAAAAACAGAAACGGUCGAUCCUGAGCCACCCCCGGUUGAGCACGCUCUCAGUAAUGUGUAUAUUGAGGGUCCACAUACAGUUGUCCAUGUCUCCUCUUCUCAUACUGAGAAGAAAGAGUCUCCUCCACUGUUGACCACCCCUGCCUUCUCCACAGCCACCCUCUCCACAACAUCAUAUAUGAAUGGUGGAGCGACCAACAUGCAACCUCCAGACUCCCCGAAUGUCAAAGAUCCUCUCAAUCAAGAGACAGAGCCUGAGAGCCAGCCAGGGCCUUUUAGUCGAAACCCCUCACACCCCCUGCUGAGCAUCCAUCACACACUGUAUGAGGAUGAGGAGGAGCAAAACAGAAGGGACAGACUAGCCAGACCGGGAGAGUUGAUUGCUGCUGGAGAGUGUUGAAGAAAAAUUUAGAUACACAACGACACACACACAAAUGCAAAAGCAAUUAGAAUAUGAACUGAAGCACAAAGGAAUAUGCCCUUUUUUAGGGUUAUGUUAAUGGUUUUUCCAUUAUGAGUGGAGGAGCUCACAUUAUUUCAUUUCCAGAGAUGAAGAUUAUGGGACAUUGGGGCAGCCAAUGUGUAACCUAUUUUGUACUCUUAAAGGUGCACUUAAUUAUUUUUGUUUAUGUUAAACUGGAGUUUUCAAUUACUGCUGGAUUAUUAAAAACUGUUAAUUUCUUUGUGUAAGAAAUAAGUGCACCUUUCAAAAUCAUCUCCCAGCCUUACAUUCACAUAUUAGGACGUGUGUAGUUUGAGGGAAAAUAAAAUCACCCAUGACCUUGGUGCUCACCAUAUGGGUUAACGAGUUCCCUAUGACAUUCCAAAUGAAGGCAAGGCACGUCAGAAUUUUGCACAAAGCACCAUUUGUUCCUGUAUCAUCAAUGUCUACAUCGUUUCAUGUUGUUUUUCACAAUCAAUGUCUGUUUCAUAUAGAUGUCUUAAGGUAUCCGACGCAAUACAUGUAUUCUUAAAAUAUGCAACCUCAUGUUUUUUUGUGGCAAUAAUAUGCACAUUUAGAAUGUAUAUACUUAGAUGUACAGAAAAAUAUAUAUAAUAUGAGAGAUUUUAGGCAUUCUUUUUUUUAAAAGACUGUCACAUGAUGUGUUCAUCCAAACACCUCUGGUGCACUUAUUAAAUGAGACAAUAUCACUCUGGGUCUUUGGGUUAAGUGCUCAAAGACAUUCAACUCCGGAUCAUCAGAAAAAAAUAUAGAUCCUUAUACCAGCUGUUUUGAACAAACGUUUUGACGGAAAGAUUUCAGCUUCUUCAGCUGGAUUUUCAAACUAAAGUGAAUUCAUGCUUUUGAUACCUAAAUCACCAUGAACCAGUUUGUGUAAGUGUCAUUCCACCUUUAUAAAUCCUUGAUAUUCACUUAUGCAUUUUGGGAUAAAGUAUAACAAAAGCCCUGCCAAAACAUACUUUUGUGAUUUUGAGUGAAUACAAAAAGCACACAAUUAGUAUCCAAGAGCACCUCUAACCACAAGGCAUGAGACUGAUAUUAGAGAUAGCUGCAGCUCACUGUUUUUCAAGCACAUAUCAUGCAUCGAAAGUGCAAUAUUUUGAUAAUGAUUUUGUGAUACAGCGAACACAGAUCAUGAAUGGCAAUACCAUUAGAGGGGAAGGCACUGCACCUGAUUUUCCAGCCUCGAAUUUUUAGAUGAGAAUAUAAUAUGAUGGUGUUAAGGGUGCUAAUCUCAAACUUGAAAAGCUUUAUGGCAACCGGUCUUUGAGCCAAUAUGUUAAAAUGGAUAGACAAAGUGUUUUAAAAGAAUAAAAGUCCAUGGCCAUGUUUAUUUUGUUCAUGCGUUAGCGGAAAUAUAAUUGUUUUGAAGUGACAUUUCAUUCUUUUUUAUUUAAUUUUUUUGUCUAUUUUGUGCCACAAAUUAUUGACAAAUGUUUAUGUUUAAUAUGUGUAUAUUUAUGGAACUGCAGCAUUUCAACCAAGUAACCUGCUUAGAAAAAAUAAUUAAUCUAUGCCAAAAAGAAAAAAACAAAUGUUAGAUUAUCACAUUUGGUUGUAUACUGCAUGUUCAAUGGUUAAUUAAACACAUGAUACACAAAUUACAUGGGUCAAA